AUGAUGAACAGACUCUUCCCCCGAUUCAACGACUACCAACAAAACUACAAUGGAUACAGCACCAACCCAAUGAGCAGUCGAAGGGCUGUUGAGGAACGGCAACGACUUUCCGAGAUGAAUCGUUAUAGCCAAUGGAGACAAAAGAAACAACUUCGACGACAACAACUGGAGGUGCAACGCCAAGCGGAAGAAGAAGAACGACGACGACAAGAGCAAGAAUCACAACGACAAGAUGAAGAAGAAGAACGUCGACGACAAAGACUCCAACGCCAGUCACCAGCUUACACUGUUGUUCGUGGGCCCGAUGGACGUCUCUAUCGAGUACCGGUAGAACAAGAUCGCGACGAUCAGGCUUCAGAACGCCGUGUCGCUAGUGACCUCAAGCGUCAAAGACAGUCACAACCACGAUAUGUACGAAGCAGCGACGGUAGAAUGUAUGAAGUGAGACCACGUCCAACGGUUGAUGAGAAUGAAAAGGAAAACAAGGUCCAGAAGCAACCCACUACUCCUGUGACUAAGUCAUUCUCCGAUUCUGUUGCGAAGGGCAAUGACCGGGUCAAGGUCGAGGUCAGCCCCCAAGAGAAAGAUGAUGUCACUCAAGUCAAAAUCUCCUUACGAAAUGAUCGAAAGAAGGAUACAACAGCCGCGAAUGGCUCUCGACGACGACGCGUCACCGUGAUUGUCGAAGACGUCCCAGAAAGCGAAAUCGAGGACGAAACAAAGUCCAUCUGGCGCAACCGUCGUCCUGGGCCUGGGGAAUCAUGGAUGGAACCCAUUGCCGAAUAG